CCAAAACACAAUGCAUCCAUUCAGCCCCAAACAGAAACAGUCUAUAGGCUGGUUCCGUAUCCAUUUGGGCUCAAGACCUUUUUGGCACAGGCCACCGUACCGCAUACCACACUCGACUCUUUAUUGUCUUCCACUGCAAGACUCGUCUCCUGUGGCUCGACUUCGUGGGAUGGCUGCAACCUGGAAGGCACCCCGCGCUGUGUGCCUGGCGCUCUCGGUCUGCUGCAUGCCCACCGCGACCGCCCUGACGGCUCAGAAUAACAGCGCGGCCAUGUACGGAUGGCGACAGACUAUGGCUAACGAGCUGCAGAGCCAGACGACAAGUGUGCUCAUGUGUCGGCCUGGUAGCCCAUCCGGCUGCGCCGUCAGUGAGUACGUCUUGAACGGGGAGUACUCACCAGGACGCCUGGUUCGAGUUGAGAACGGCCAUGAGGCUGCCAGGUCAUCCGACACCAACAGCUGCCCCGAUGGUUGGAAGAUUUGGUCCCCCCGCAACAGAGAAGACAUGGUUACUGUAAUCAACACCGUUGGGGACAUGGUGCAAUGUUCCACCCUCCAGCCUGGCUGCCUUGGCCUCCCUUUCUUCAUUGUCGACGUCACGAAGCCAUCCGACGGAUGUGCAGGAUGUACGAGCAUUGCGAUGAAUUCCGACACGGCAAGCGAUUGGGUGACUGCAGACGGGUCACCAUGGUAUCUGCGCGACACCCCGUACAAAUAUGAGCCUAGUGGUGACUACACGGCAAAUUGCUACAUGCAUAUUCAACGUUUCCGGGACGUAAAUGACGUGCGUUUCAACGAUGCUUUUUGUGCGUACAGGUCUUCAGUGUAUCUGUGCCAACCAGAGGCAACUCCGGCGACGCCCAGUCCGACGCCCAGUCCAACGCCAGCUCCGACACCUGCUCUGACACCAGCUCCGACAUCAGCCCCAACACCGGCAACGCUCUCCUGCGCGGCGAAGUACGUAAAGCUCACGCGCCCGGCUGGCGACACGAUCGUCAGCGCCGCCGAGAUCGAGGUGUAUUCGGGCGGCGUGAACGUUGCGCUACAAGCAAGCGUUGUCGCGCCUCCCAUGGAUGGUAAUUCCGAGGGCCAGCCCCAUUUUGUGAACGACGGGGACCCGGACACCUACCACCACACCACUUACGCCAACCGUCUCGGUGGCAGCAUGCCCGAGAUAGUGCUGACGCUGCCGUCUUGCACAGCCGUGGAGAGCGUGACGCUGAGGAUGCGGAAGGAUUCCAAAUGGUACCGCGGCGACAGCUUGCUGUUGGAGCUCCUAGACGCCAACCACGGGCCCGUCGAGUCGAUUUCGCCCCCGACCAUCACGCCAGGGAUGGGGUACCACUGGUCCACUACGACGUCGUGCGACGACAGCUGCGUCGCCGUGACCCCCACGCCGUUUCCCACGCCAGCUCCGACGCCAGCUCCGACACCAGCUCCGACGGUGCCGUCGCCGUUGCCAUCAGUGCCUCUCGGGGUUUCCAUCUAUGCCAGCGGGCCUUCAUACAGUAGCCAGUUCCCACCCUCGGCCGUUCUGGAUUCGACAUGGAGAGGUGGCAGUCACUAUGGCCAGACGUGGCUGUCCCCCUCAGGAAAAACAUCAUGGCUUACCCUGGUGUUGGACAGCUCGUCCACCGUGACCGAGUUCCAGCUCCUCAACACGUGCAACUCGCCGUACAAUGAUCGGUCCACAAAGGACUACAGAAUAAUGGUUUCCAGCGACGGCGUCAGCUUCACUCUCGCCGCUUCGGGAACACUGACAAAUUGUUAUCCGAUACGGGAUACUCCCCUUGUCGUGCCAAACACGGGCCCUUCAAAUGAAAUCCGAUACGUCAAGUUCGUGAUGGACAGCUACUACGGGGUGAGCGGUGGCCUGAACUACUUCCAGGCCUUCAGCGGACAGGCAACGCCACCUCCAGCGAGCGGCGCAGGCGCCGGGGCUUCGGCCGUUGGUGACCCCCACUUGCAAAACAUCCAUGGCGAGCGGUUCGACCUGAUGAAGGCGGGCAAGCAUGUUCUGAUCAACAUCCCUCGUGGAAUGAGUGCUGAAAACGCCUUGCUUCGUGUGCAGGCUGAUGCGCGCCGGUUGGGUGGACAAUGCGCGGACAUGUACUUCCAGCAGCUCAACGUUACAGGGUCGUGGGCAGAGGCCAAGCAAGCCGGAGGCUACCACUACAGCGUAUCGCAGCAUGACGCCAAGAGUCCGGAAUGGGUUGCCUUCGGCAAGGUCGAGCUGAAAGUCGUGCGUGGACGUUCGGACAGCGGCCUCCUGUACCUGAACUUGUACGUGAAGCACUUGGGGCGAGCGGGAUUUGCAGUCGGAGGGUUACUGGGCGAAGACGAUCACGGAGACGUGAGCGCUGCGCCGGAUUCAUGCGCGCAGCGCCUGGCCCUCGUCGCGGGAACGCGCGGCGGCGGAGGCCCAAAGGUGGCUUCGGUCGCAGUAGCAAGCCUCGCCUGACCAUGACGGUGUUGUGUGGUCGCUACCUAUCAGGCGGAAUAUUUUCGAGCGCUGGUCCCAGCAGCGGCCACUGUCAUCGGCGGUUCCGUCGGUUGGGUAGGCUAUCCCUAGGGGGACUGCGGGCCCGCUUUUGCUCGAUCCUCUUCCCCUCCUCCCCAUCCUCUCUUUGGGGCCGCGAGCGUUUCAACCCGCUCGUGUGAGCUGGCCAUCUCCGGCUCGAGCCCUCGCUUCUGUGCGCUUGAAUCUGGAAAAUGAAUCGGUCAGGCGUCGCAAACGGUUUGAAUGCCAAUUGCCA